AUGAAAAGUUUUCUUUUGACAAUUUUAAUCAGCGCCGUCUCCGCCCUCCCGCCCGUGCCAGAAUGGUCAAUCUUCAAGUUCUGGACGGAAAACGCCCACCGAAUCGUCGAAAACGAGCAGUGCAAAGCCUCCUGGACCCUUUUCCACGGCUGCGAGCUCGCUGAUGUUUCCAACUGCAAAGUGGGAAGCGCGACUGAAGUUUGGGACUGGGACACUUUUUCCUGCCACUGUUUUUGCGUCAUUGAAGAUUGA